GUACAUGACAUACAUACAGAGAGUACUGUUUCUACGCUUCGAUCUCGAAGUCUUGAUCGAUCGAUUAAAAUGCCCCUCACAAUUAAGAUAAAACUCCUCCGUGCUUUGUCUGUGAUCCAAUGCUGGUUAUCUUUGUGGUUGAUAGUGCUCGGAAUCGUGGAAAUUGUGCGAGUAAAAUGGAGAUUCAGUGGGCUUGGAAUGCCCAUUUGGACUGGAGUGUUGGUUGCUCUUACUGGUUCAUUUGGUGUUUUGAUAACUUUUAAAUUUCUGCAAAAGUCACAGGGAGUGGUAACUAUUCCUCAAUAUUUAGCAAUGACAUUGAUGGGUUUCUCCCUGGUGUGUGGUAUUCUCUCAAGCAUGAUCAUGUUUAAUUAUGGGCUGGAAUUGGCUGUGGCAGGCCAAAGGUCAUUUCUAUAUUAUACUGGCAACCGUGAUUUUGCUGACAACUCUUUCACCCUGGUUAAAGCACCUCUUUCUGUUGAUGCUCGUUUCAAGGAGGAGCAUGCCCUUGUGGGCUCCAUCUUUGCAUUCACUUUGCUGGAAAUGAUUGCAGCUUUAUGGUCUGCCGCCCUCUGCUUUGUCAAUGAUCAAAAGCCAAUGGACAAGAAUGAAGAUUAUGAAGUUGAUCCCUUGAUGGAGGGCGUUGGACAAAGCCAACAAGCGAGUGGUGCAUCAUGCUAAUUGUGUACAUGCAGUUACUUGUAUUAAUUAAUAGAUUCCAUGUUGCUGUGCACCUUUUCAGUUAUAGAGUAUAGAUGAUGUCAAAAUGUGGUUAGAAUAAAAAUUUCGUACAAGUGGUGCACUGAAGUGUGUCACUGAUAUUCUUACCAUGUUUCACUUCAUCUGUGAUCUGUGGCAACUUGAAUAUGGUAAAAUACCAAAAUGCUUUUAAUGGUGAUGUCAUCGAUGCAUCUGUCUUCCAAUAUAUUGUGAGAACCAAUCAAAGUGAAGGUAUGAUUUGGCUUAUAUAACGAUAAGUAGAUAACAAUUAUAGUAAUAUUGUGACCCAUGGGCUUCACAAUAAGCACUGUCUCUCAUGAUAGGAACCUUAAGCAGUUAGGACGGCAAAUUGCCAAGGGGACGUUAAACGUAUAUACUUAAAAUUGAAUUUAUAUUUUUAGUUAGAAUUUCGCCAUCGUAGUUUGCUAAACGUCCCUGAUAUGUUGAAAUCAACUACUAUAUCACAAAAAAAAUUGUUCUGAAGUGCUUCAUGUUGUUUACAAAACAACCCUUGUUACCAGAGUUUAUCAUUGUAGAAUUUCUCGAAAUGUAACGCUAGCAGUAGAGUAUGUCACGAAAUGCAACGCAUGUGUUCUGAAGUGCUUCAUGUUGUUCAAAAACAACCCUUGUUACCAGAGUUUAUCAUUGUAGAAUUUCUCGAAAUGUAACGCUAGCAGUAGAGUGUCACGAAAUGUAACGCAUGUGUAAUGUCACCGGAUCUCGUGAUUAUCACGUGACGCGUGUUGAAUUGUAACCUGUAAAGAAACCUGGUGGUUUUUCGGA